AUUUUGUCAGUUUUCCGCGUUUUGCUGUGUCUAACGGAGCUCUGCUAGCUCUUAUGAAUUCUUUGCUCACACAAGCAGAAAGAUUUACAAGAGGCAAGGACAUUUCGUCAAAAUGCUCAGCAUUAUGAUCCACUGGAACUUGAUUAGGCAUUAUUCUUCCACUGAGAAAUAGUUCUUCUCAGAUUUUUCUAAGUUUUGGAAAUUUUAUCAUGCAUAUAAAACCAAUAAUUCCAAUGAUAUCCACCCAAAAACGAUGUUCGGUAAGAAAUAUAAAUCAGAAGAAAUGUGAGAAUUUCAAAAGUUUUUUAAAACAUUUUCCAUGUUGAAUGGUUUCCUGAAGUUGAAGUUGUAAACAAUACAAAUUCCAAUUAUUUAGGAUAAAUAAUUCCGAUAUGCUUCGAAAAAUCAUAGGAACAACAAUACCAAUUCAUAAGUUGAAGUUUUUUCUGAAAAUGGUUACAAAUGAAGAUAAACAAGGUUGAACUAUAAAUGAAACCAGAAUAAAACUCAGGAAGCUGAAGCUGAAUGCCUUUUUCAUCUCAUAAUGUGAAAUUCGUUUAGGAAGAUUUCUGUGAUAACGCGUUCAAACAAUGAUAAAUUAUUGAAUGAAAAUCGAUGAUCUGUAUCACUCAAAUAAUAACUUGCAAUAAGAAGAAGAAACAAAGAUCUUCCAAUAUUGACAGAUCUAUUAAGAUGAAAAUAGUUUAUAGAUGAUGAUGAUUGAUUCAACACAUUGAGCCAAAUCAAUCCAAGAAGCAGAACAGUUUUAAGAAGAAAAAGAUAAAAAUUCUCACUUUUGAUGAUGAGAUAUUUUACAUUAUCUAAUGUAAAAUAUCUGAAGCAUGGGUCGAAGUUGAACAGGAUAAUAAACUGUUAACAGUUAUCAACAGAAUGAUGAAACAAAUUUUUGUAUCUUAAUGAAUUACUAGAUGAAAGGGAGUUCAAUUUAACUAAGCUGAGACAGUUAUCAGAGCUAAACAGUUAUGUUUUAAUGUAGCCUGAAUUGAAGAGCUUAUCAGAUAUUUGCCAUAGUAUUCACACAAACCAUCAAGAGUUGAAGGAUUUAUUUAGGCUCACUUAACCAUUCAUUUAUCUAAUCAAAGUAAGGAAAAAUCAUAAUUAUCUUUGGAAAUGAAUUGUUCAGAAGUGAUUCUCGAUUUUCAAAGUGACCAAAGAUUUGUGAAUUCAAUCGAAAAUUCAUUCUUGAGAAGAAUAUCUUGUGAAAAUCUUCUCAAUCUAUUCAAAGUGGGGAAAGUUGAACACUUGUUCAUCUAUAGUAGAAUACCUUCUAAUAUCUUCUCAAUCUAUUCAAAGUGGGGAAAAGUUCAACACUACUUCAUCUUGAGAAGAAUUCCUUGAGAAUCAUUUCUCAAUCUAGUCAAAGUGGGAAAAAGUUCAACACUCGUUCGAAAUGAAUUAUUCGGAAGUGGUUUUCAACAAUGAAACGUGUGACUCAACGGUGCAGCCGACCCUCUCAUCGAUGUACUUCCAGUCGACUGUGUUCGUGAUGUACUGCGGGAUAUUCGUUGCGGCUCUGCUCGGAAACGGCCUCGUGUGCUAUGUGGUGAGUUGCUCAAGGCGUAUGCACACCGUCACCAACUUCUUCAUUGUGAACCUGGCCGUCGGUGACAUUCUGAUGACACUCUUCUGUGUGCCGUUCAGUUUUGUCGCGACGCUUGUGCUCCAGUACUGGCCCUUCGGAGAGCUGCUCUGUCACACCGUGCAGUUCUCCCAGGUCACGUCAGUUAUGGUGAGCGCCUACACGUUGUUGGCCAUAAGUGUGGAUCGCUACAUGGCCAUAAUGUGGCCAUUACGUCCCAGAAUGAGCAAGCACCACGCAAAAAUCACAAUCAGUGUUGUGUGGACAAUAGCAAUCGCCACAGCCUUCCCAAUAUUCACAGUUUCCCACUUGGCACAGCCUUCUCCCUGGCACAAAUCUUGCCACAGGUUCAUAUGCACAGAAAAUUGGGAAUCGAAAGAGUAUCAGAAUGUCUAUUCGUUUCUGCUGCUGACCCUGCAAUACGUGGUGCCAUUUUCGGUGCUGGUAUUCACCUACACGAGAAUAGCCGUUGUGGUUUGGGGCAAACGCAUUCCAGGCGAGGCACAAAACUCCCGAGACGCUCGAAUGGCUCGCUCAAAGAAAAAGAUGAUCAAAAUGAUGGUCACAGUUGUGGUUGUCUUCACAGUUUGUUGGCUGCCUUUGAACAUUUUUUUGUUGGUGUGGGAGCAAAAUCCAGAUCUGUCCAACUGGGAGUUGAUGCCGCACUUUUUCUUCGCCUGCCAUUGGCUGGCGAUGUCGCACACUUGCUACAACCCGAUCAUCUACUGCUGGAUGAAUUCGCGCUUCCGCAUUGGCUUCUGCUCGGCGCUUGGCCGUCGCUGGGUUCCGGCUGCCUCGUUUGGUCGUGCAAACACCUCCAGCACAUACCUAUCAGUGCGGCGCCGGACAGAACACUCACUCACCUGUCAGGAGGAGCAAAUCUAAUCACUGAAAAAUACCGUGGGAACAGAUAUAUUCGACCUUCACUGGAAUAAUUUGUGGGAGAACUGUCAAUUAUUAUUUUGCCUUUUGGUAUUUAUUCUAUUUAACUAUUCAGAACUAGCAGAUAACCCGUGCUCCGCAAGGCUCCAUUUUAAAAAUUGGCAAACUGAGAACUUGACGUAAUGGAAUCUUGAAGAAUUU